UUUUGAAAUACUAUGCCAGUCUAUAUGACGCCAAUUUAGAGUUUAUUUAAUUCCACGAACUGGGGUGUGACAAUUACCAACAACUAUCUGUGAUUAAAUGUUCUAGUGAAUGCCUGGUUUCUGAUGCAGUUCUAAGAUGGAUGGAGAAAAUACAAAAGAUUCAAAUUCAGAUAAAUACAAAAAAGAAAUAAGAAGAGCAUGGAAUGUCCUUGACCAGAAUGGAGAUAACCAAGUCAAUGCUAGUGAAAUAGUUCGUGGUUCUAGGGUAUUAGGCAUGAACCCAACUUUGCAAGAGGCAGAAGCAUGGAUUGAAGAUAUUGACGAAAACAAAAACGGUUACAUUGGGUAUGAUGAAUUCGAAACAAUGAUGACGCAAUAUUACGACGUUCUUGAUUACCAGGAACAGGAAAUAAGAAAAGCAUUUAAACGAUUUGAUACGGACGGAACGGGAUUUCUGGACCACACACAGCUAAAGCGAGCUCUCAAAAAUAUUGGUGACCAAUUGACGGAGGAGGAAUGUGAUGAAUUCUUUAAUCUUACUGAUACUAACAACGAUGGAAAAAUAGACAUCGAAGAAUUUGUAGUAUUAUUUACGGCAAAGUAGAACAAGAACAAAUUCAUUCUUCAAUCAACUAGGUUGAUUAUUUCAUAGACAAACGUUAAGUACGAGCCAAAGCAUCUAGCCAUCAGAAAACAGAAGAUGCAUUUCAUUUGCGUCAUCUGAAUAUACAAUCACAACAGUUGUCUCAGUCUUACUUAAUAUAAGUUACUGAAAGAAGUCA